AUGGCCACUAAAUUACGUUCACAACAGGACGGGCCGGUCAAAUGGCCAAGCAAUGAACUCGGCGAUCUAUCUAAUCCCGAACUGCGUAUGCUCACCGACCAAUUGGAUCGCAUACGCUUCGGUGGUGAUGAAGCAUUCGUCAAACGCUUGUCCAUACGCGGUCUACUGCCGGAAACGGAUCAAUAUAUGACCUAUGAUGGAUCAACAACAGCGCCCGCCUGUCAUGAGACUGUCACAUGGGUUGUGUUGAAUAAACCCAUUUACAUAACAAAGCAACAGUUGCAUGCCCUCCGUCGCCUUAUGCAAGGCAGUCCUGAUCAUCCUAAAGCACCGCUUGGCAAUAAUUACCGACCACCGCAACCGCUGCUGCAUCGACCGAUACGCACCAACAUUGAUUUCAAAACGAGCAAAGUGAAUGGCAAAGCUGCGUGUCCUACUAUGUACCGCGAGGUCUACUAUAAAGCUACAAGUUGGAAACAGCAUUGAGGCGUAACUUGGCAGUGGCAAUGACAGCGGUAGAAGCAGCAGCAAUCAAAGCCAAUCGCAAUUACAUACGUACAUCUCCAACUUGAAUGUGCACAAACAUACAUAUAUUUGCACAGAGUCAUAAAAAACAUGCAUGCAUUCAUACAUACAUUCACACAGCUGUACGUAAGUACACGUAAAUCGGCGUGCAACAGGAGCUUCCAUUAAAAUUAAAUUAAACUUGUGUAUUAGGAUUAUAUGAGAAUUGUAAA